GGUCGUCGCCUCAUCUCCCUGGAGAAGGAUAACUUCCAACGCAUUUCGUCUCGCUCUAUCUUCUGGCGUCGUGACUUGGGUCUUCAUGACAUGGGGAACACUACAGAAAGUAUUGUCUAUGGAUGGGUAGCAAGCCCCGAAGGCAGAGGUAGUAUCGAUAUAUUAUGGUCGUGCUGUACUACAGUCAUCCUUUGCUGUUGGGUAUCCGUCUAUCCUAAUGUUGGCUCCCCGAACGACAGCAAAUGGCAUCCACUCGUCGACAAAUUCAACCUCUUCUGUAUCAGUCUUCUGGGCCCUGACUUUCUGUUUGGGAUUGCUUGGGGACAGUUUGAAAGUGCAAGGAGAAGUGUCAAGGUCUUCAGACAAGACAACCGGCUCAAUAAGACCUUUGUAUGGACGUACAGGCAUGCGUUCUUCGUCGAUAUGGGGGGCAUACAUCUAAGAAGCCCGGACUUCCCUCAGGGAUUUCCGAUCGAUGCCCAGCAACUGUAUUACCUGCUUUCCCAUGAUUAUAUAGACAUGCCGGAUAUGGAACAGAUGGCUAUUGAGGAGCGCAAUUCUGCGGAUACAUUGUCUCGCUUGAUCACCGUCUUCCAAGCAUUCUGGUUUUUAGUAUCCACGUUUGAACGAUUUCGCCUCGGUAUAUCGGUCACCACUUUGGAAUUGACAACUGUUGCAUUUGCGUUGGUAAUGUUAGCAUCAUCGAUUACCUGGUUUUACAAGCCCUCCAUCACGAGACCCCGAUACAUAUCUACCAAAAACGAUAUAACUGUACAGGCUAUUCGUGAGCUCAUGAAACGAACCACCCAUCCACAAUUACCAGACCACUGGUACCGGACGCCGCUCGACUAUAUCACUCAUGAUCGGUUUGGCAUUGACAUUCACUGGAAAUAUUAUACGCGGCUGACGCAGAUAAUGCGGAUUCCGAUCUUCUCGCGGCCGAUCCGGGCCCGACCGUGGGAUCGGUUUCCCUCGGACACAUGGCUGACGCCGGAGUACAAAUACUCGCCCUUGGCCUUGAUCAUCCUCCUGGGCUUCAGCGCACUGUUCUUGGUGGCAUGGGACUUCUACUUCCCCACAUACACGGAAAAGAUCUUGUGGCGGAUCUGCAGUGUCUACAAUGCCGCCUUCUCGAUCUACGGCGGCAUCUACUAUUUUGUGGAGAUGUCUCGCAGCGGCAAACGGGUUGGCGAACCUAAACCCCGCGUCGAGAUGGUAGGGCCGACCCGGAGAUACCAGCGUCCUGUGCACCAUCACCAUGACAAUAGUGACUCGAGCAUGGAGACCACCCUGGUGAGCGUGCGCGAAAGUCUACUCGGAUUGCGAAACAUCUCCGAGGAAGAUGACCCUGAAAUGGCGGUUUCGUUUCGCGUUUUGAUCCCUGUGACGAUCACCUGCGCCCUGUAUGUCUUCGCACGAGGGUACAUCUACGUGGAAGACUUCAUCUCGCUGCGGGCGCAACCCAGCGGGGCGUAUGCUGAUGUGAACAAAUUUCUACCUUUCCUCGGGUAGAUACAUGGUUAGGGGUGAUGACGUGAAGGAAAUCUGCAUUUGUGUCCCAGAGAUGGGGGGCAAUGUAUAUACAGGCG